AUGGUAGCGGAGCCCAGUGAUCCUAAGGGAGGACCUUUGGUGAGGGCUCCGAGAUUCCAGGUCAUGUUGACCUCCAUGGCGCUGUGGAUGGCGCUGAUGAUGGUGGCAGCUGAUGGUGGUGGCAGAGAACUUGGGGCGCUUGGCAUGGCUGAGUCCUUUGUGAACAUGCCUAUGGAACCCAAGGCAAUGGAACACCACAGGUGGAGCUGCAGAAAAUUCGAAGCCUAUGACUUAGGCGAUGCUGAACGACAAGGAGAAGGUCAACGAGAAGCUGGCAGAUGGUACAGUCGUGGCAAUGGAGAAGCCUGGAACUUGGUGAACGAGAACUUGGUAAAAGAGAUUGAGCCCAAUGACAAGCACGGCAAGAUGAACCACUUCUUGGAGAUGAAUGAGUAUGACAUGAUGGACUAUGAACAGCACUUGGUGAUCAAUGAGUUCAAGAUCUUCGAUGGAGCAUGGUUCUUGGUGAACGUUGUCUACAUGCAUGGCUUUGCACAUUGCUUGGACUACAUCGACUUCAUCGACUCCAAGAUCCUUGGGUAUCACUACAUGAACAACUACGUGGACACGGUCUUCAAUGGUUGGCAGUGCUUGGUGAAGUAUGCCUUCAAGGUCAGUAUCUUCAUCCUACGUUUCUUCCUCUACAUGGUGGACAAGGUGAUGGCUAUGUGGUAUUCUGGCUUGGCGCAGCUUGCAGCUAUGUGUCUUUGCAGUUUCUCCUGGACAAGGUCUACAAGCAGAGCAAUGGCAAGCUUGGCCCUGAGCUGGAUGGCAUCUAUGCCAAUGGCGCUGGCACAAGAACUACGAGGCAAGGAGUUGCAGUUUGGUUUGAUGGCAGUCAUCUUGGUUUGCAUCACAUGGAACAACAACCAGCAGUUCCAGUUGAACAACGUCAAGAUGUUCCUCAGUGUGCAGUUUCAGGUGACUAUCAUGCAAGUCAUGCUGACCCUGAUCUUGCAGCAGAACGAGAUCGACUUCAAGACUCAGAUGACGAACGUGAACAAGCUCAACAAGAAGUUCCUUCCAAUGCAUAUGAGCCCACAACACCCGAUGGAGAAGGUCCUCGACUUGAAGAUGUCACAGAACGAGAUGAUGGUCGAGUUCCUGUUCCUUCUCUUCCUCCUCUAUGUGCACUACCGGUUGAUCCCGAAAUGGAAGCACCACAGCCAAUCAAGUACUUCUCCUACAGCGACCUCUAUGGCGGAGAUUCGCAGCGGCAUGGUGCUUGGCGGAGUGCUGAUGCUCAUGAUGGGCAUGUUGGUGAUGAUGUUUCCCCGUGCAGCUUCAAGAUCACGAAGUCGCGAUGAUCCACAACCAAAAUAUGCGAAUGUUCAACAGUGGACAAGUGAGAUGAGAAAUUUCUUGGCUACGACAUUUGUCUUGUCAGCCAAAGCAUACUGGAUUGAUGGACAGCAUGAUCAGUUUUCAUUUGAGAACAUGUUUAACCACCUACGGCUUGCAGCUUUGCUUAUGAAGAAUGAUGAGAAAGAGGCUGUGGAAUACUUCACUACAGCGGUUGAGGUGAACGACCCUGAGGAAAUCAUGGCUCAGGUGAGAAAUAUGCGGAUGUGCAUGGAUCUUCCUCACGUUAACCUCCUUCACGCCGAGGCUUGGUUAUGGGAAGAAUUUCGUGAUGAUUUGCAGCGAAAAGCAGAUGCGAGUGAUGGAGCUUUCUUUGUUCCAAUUGUGGAGCAUCGAUGGGAUACACCUCCGGGAGAAAGUGAUCGCGGAGGAGACGAAGACGCAGCAUCUUCGAGGAGCUCAAUAGCAAAUAGAAGUGGAGAUGAAAAUGUUCGGGAAUCACCAGCCCGCGAAUUUGAGCUCAGGAUGACAAUGAAUUUACCAAGGUCAGAAGCGAUUCAGGUAGCUCAGACUAUAGCAGAUGCACAUGGACGAGAAUUGGUGGUCGAAAGACCAGCUGGAUCAGAUGAACGUGAACAUGGAGACAGAGAUGGACAAGAACCAGAACCUGGGAGCAGCAACAACAAUACGCUUGGAAGGAGCAGUGAAAACACUACUCUGAACAGUAGAACUACUCAGAACACCACAGAGGAGGAGAAUGACAAGAUCGAGCAAGCUAUGGCAGAAGCAAGAGCUAGCCUACGUCGUGGGAUUCGUGUCUUGCAGUCGCGAGCUACGCGCUAUGAAGAGUUGGGCGACCACGAGGCCGCAGAAGAAGUUCGACGUCAGAUCGAUGAUAUGGAAGCAAUGGAAUCUUCAAGUUGA